UGGUUGGCUGCAGUAUGUGGAUAGGCGCCUACAGCGAGUGGCACAAAGCAGAGCAGACAGAGUUGUGAGAAGGAGCUGAGAGACAACAUGAAGAUUGUGCUGGUCCUGCUGAGCCUGGGGCUCUCCCUGGCACUUACAUGGGCAGAGAGUAACAUCAGUCCCCCGGUGGUCAAGGUUUACACUGCGGAACCAGUGGACUUUGGUAAAACUAAUGAGGUGAUUUGUUACGUGUACAACUAUCACCCUCCUCGUCUGGAGAUGAGACUGGAGAAGAACGGAGUAGAGAUCCCCGACUGCAAACAGACCGACCCCUCAUUCCAACACAACUGGAAAUAUUACACCAUGAAGAGUACCCACGUGCACAUCGACAAGGGGGAUAAAGUGGAAUGUGUGGUCUCCCACAAUGGGAACCCCUCCAAGAAGUACAGACUGGACAUUUUCUGAGCCGCAGACUAAAAGGCUGCAGCUGAAGAGGGGGAUAUUAAUUCCAAACCAAAACCCCACUUCCCUUUCCUCUGCCUCCCAUAAUGAUAUAUAUUGCCACUGGGGGGGGGGUAACCCUUACAGGAUCAGGGCGGAGUGUAAAGGGAAUCUGCCCCGCCCCUAGAUUUUGGCAUCAAAUAUAACAGGUUCACUUUCCACUCUGCACCCCUUAGACCAGACUCAGUAUAGAAACAGAGGUUUGCCCUCUUCCCCUUGCAAUCUCUGUGUUAUUUACACAUACUCCAGGGUUCUUGUGUGUUACCCUCUGUAAUUACCCCUGGGGCAGUUUAUUCAGAACAAUCUAUAGAUGUGCUUUUUAAUUUUAUAUAACUGCAGAUAACUAGGCUAUAAUGACCGCUUAUUGAUUGGCAUGAGUGCACAGUGCUGCCCCCUAGUGGUGUAGCCACGCCCACCCACUUUCAUCCAAUCACUGAUCUCUAUACAUACAGUAGGGUUUAAUCUUUCACAGCUUAAAUGCCAUUAGAGCAGGGAUAUCCCAGCAUGCAUUGCUUUCUAGAGCCAGAGAUGCAGGGGGUUGUAGUCCAACAAGAGCCACUUGUCAGCGGCAGCAGCAAGUUCAUCCCUGUUUAUAACAAUGGCUUCUAAUAAAAGAACUGAGCCUUUCCUUUUUCUGAUUGGUGUGUGUGUGCUCUUAUUGGGUGUUUAUUUACAAUUGUAAUUGAAUAAAUUAUCUUCUAAACUUUCA